AUGAAUCCGGAAGAAUCCCUGCGGCGGAAGGUUGACAGAGAUUCUUUCUCCCCCUGGAUUGAUGCUUUAAAGUUUGCUUCAAGGGGACCUAGCUGGGGCGAGAUGAAAAGUGGCACUGUGGGAGCCCUCAUCAGCCUUUGCCCGCCAGAGACUUAUCUUAGAAAAAUCAAGGUACUAGGUACGGAGUAG